AUGUUUCAAUACUGUUAUUCUUCUGAUCGUUCCAGCACCCCGGAGACAGAGGACGUGCCGUUGACCAACAUCGGCAGCCUGACACCUCUGAAGGAACAGAACGAGCGGGACAGCGGGUUCCCCUCCGAGUCCGACAUCUCUCUGUCGUCCUGCGCCACUCCGCUGUACCCUGGCAUCUCUCCAUCCUCCAGCACUGCUCCUCUUCUCGGGGACUUCUCAAGGUCAUCCACCUGUCAAUCACUGGGAGAAUGCCUCUCAAGGUCGUCCAGUUCCACGCCUCUGAUUGGCGGAGAGAGCGCGUCGAGAGUCGCGCCGCUAUUGGGAGAGGUCGCGCCUCGGUCGGCGAACUCCGACUGCGACAUCGCGACGACCGCGCAGGACAAGUCGUGUUUGCUGCCGAAGUCGUCUAGUACGACUCCCCUGUUGACGGAUCUAGAUCGGGACGAUUCGGGAUACUCUCUUGACUGCCAGCAGACAUAUCACAGCCAAACGUCUUCGUGUAAAGGUGCACAGGUGAACCUCGGACAGUCGGCGUCCUGCGACGCCAUAGAGGAAACCUGCGGGAAGGAAGAGCCGACAGACUUCACAAUACCUCCAGACUUCGAGCGAGUGUACGAGGAGUGGCAGGGCUCUGGAGGCGCCCCCCAGCGGGAGUACGUCAACAACGGCUUCGACAAGGUUUACGACCAGGUAUAUGACAUCAGCAGUAUCGUCACGGUGGAGAGAGGCGGCACGUUACCCCGAGACCCUAGCACAGUCUUCCACCAGGGCCUUCCCCCGGACUACAUGGGCAUGUCCGUCUUCUCCACCAUUUGUUGUUUCGCACCUCUCGGAAUAGCGGCGCUCUACUUUUCUCUCGAAACGAGCAGCUCAAUAAUACUGGGUGACUACCACAUGGCGAGCAAGACUUCCCGUCGUGCCCAGCUCCUGUCAAUCAUGGCCAUCAUCCUCGGAACGCUGGCCUACACGGUAGCCUUGGUUGUCGUGGCAACGCACAUGACCUGACCAAUGGCAGCACAUGUAACAAAGUUAUCUUAUGACCUGACCAAUGGCAACACAUAUAACAAAGUUAUCUUAUAAACUGACCAAUGGCAACACAUAUUACCUGACCAAUGGCAACACAUGUAACCUGACCAAUGGCAACACAUAUAACCUGACCAAUGACAACACACAUGACCUGACCAAUGGCAACACAUAUAACCUGACCAAUGGCAACACAUAUAACCUGACCAAUGGCAACACAUUUAACCUGACCAAUGGCAACACACAUGACCUGACCUAU